GACGCCAACUCGUCUGCAUAAGCGUUCCUCAUCGGGCCGAUUGUUAACUUAGCGUCCGUCGUGAAGAGAGUGGUACCCACGUUCUUUACGUUCUUCGUCUACCGCGUCGUCCCACUAGGUUUUGUUUUCUCGGUGCAGAAACGCUCACUGGAAAGAUGUUAAAGUUGAAGUUAAGACUCGCGCGUGACAACCACCGGUGAGAUUGCUUCAGCUUCUGCUUCUGCUUGACGAUUCACUGAGGACGUUUUUGUUUCCACAGAAUGAAUGAGCGGAGUUGCGCUGGCUCAGGUCACUUGAGAUUGGAAAGGCGGUUAAGGGCGCGCGCGUGCAAUACAUUUGGCCGUCCAAUGGCGAUAAGGCUUGUUGAUGGCAUCACUGCGUCUGCCUCAGUGUGAAAAUGGUUUCAAACGCGGCCGCGUACGUCGCUGCUCUCCCGGCUGCUCCGGAAGUAGCGGGGCAAUGCGAGGCACUAAGCUAACGUGGCGCUGCGGCCGGCUUGCUAGCAUAUAAUGCCCGUCGAUGAUCUGCGGAUUUUGGCGAUUCGCGGUCUGGCUCAGUCCCUGUCCCUGUCCCUUGUGAAUCACGGGGGUCCGCUGUGUGUUUGUUUUUCGUUUGUUCAUUUGAUUGCAAAAGAAAAAGCAGACAUGUUUAUAUGAAAACAAAAUUUGAAUGGAAAGAAGCAGAGAGAAGAAUACAUCUGAUGCUCUCUGUCCCUUUUAACAGGAAUAUUUACAUUUCACAUUUGAAUAAGCCAUACAAUAUUAUGUUUACACUUCACACACACACACACACACUUUAUACAGUGAUGUAUAGCGUGACUGUGAUGGGAUUCAACUUCUAGCAUGACAUGAAUUUUAAGCCGUACCGCCCAACCCGAAUUGGCGCCGACCGCUUUACCGAUUAACAUAAAACAUUUUGGUUGUCGCUGUUACAUCCGGCAAAAACAGCCGUAAUAGGAAUAAAUGUUUAUAUACUGACACAUUUCAACAGAAACCGUCAACGUCUAAUGAAGUUGGUUAGUUUCAGGUGGUUCAAUUGCAUUAAGAUGGUUUAGGUGGAGUCACGAUGGUGCAGAGCAGUUGAGCUGUUUUGGGUGAGGUGAAACUCGCGCCGGUGUUGUCAAGGUUUAAUCCAGUUGCGACGGUUCAGGUGAGAUAAGGUGGUUCAGGCGUUGCGAUUGCCAAGGUGAUUUAAGGCGGUUCGGGCUGGUCAACCGAGUCGAGAUUAUGAAGAUGACUUAAGGUGGUCCGGCUGAGUCCACUCCUUCAGCAAACACGCAAGGUCCUGCACCAAACGCUGACAGUUGCGUAUUAGGUAACCAAACUCUCUCUAUGUGUGUGUGUGUGUGUGUGUGUGCGUGUGCGUGUGCGUGUGCGUGUGCGCGCGCGAGCACAUGUAUGUGAGCUGCAGUGUUUACUGGGAGAUAGCGACCAGUCACCAUAGCAACUGCAUGUAGGCGGAGCGUGGCUUUGCAAUACCGCAAAAACUCAAAAUACGUCUUAUUUCUUGUCAAAAGUCUCCAAACGAAUCUGAUAACACUUCAAAUACGACUCAUCUCUGAAAAAACAAUUUUUUUAAUCAGUUUUCAUUUUUUUCAAGCUAAUUUUUACUUGAAGUAGAAAAAAUAUUGCAAGUGGAGUAAGUUUUUCUUUUUGUUUGAUUUUCUUUGAUUUUUUUCUCUCCUCACUCCUGUGGCAAUUUGUUUCCUACUUAUUUCAAGGAUAAAUUAGCAUGAAACAAGUGAAAAUUGUUCAAAACAAGUUACUUUCUACGUGAUGAGUGUUAUUUGAAUUAGUUUUGACGAGAAAUAAGACAUAUUCUUGGUAAGAUUUUGAGUUUUUGCAGCGCAUCGUGGGACGGUGAGGCCGCGCGUGUGCAUGGGCGUACGUGUGUCAUUUCUAGCAAAGCAUGUUUUCUGUCAAUGUAAACAAUCUGAAUGCUGAAAGUCAUCAGUGCGCGUCACACAUCUUGUUGAUUAUCUUUGGCAUCCUCCUGAUUUCAAUCAUGUUUUUCUUUUUGUGUACUUUUUGGUUCUGUGUGUCGUUUCUUGGUGGUCCCGGUGCGUGUGUGUGCGUCUGUGCGCAGGCUACAAAGCUGCAGUGGCGUUUAGAUGAGAAGGUAGGAUGCGGCAGAGGCGCCAGGAACGUGACGAACAAAUUCAUGUCGCGACCGAUUACACUCGGGGGAGGAGGGAGAGCCGCGGCAUCGUUGAAGGGAUGAACUUCAGGUGUACACGGACCUGCACCAGGUGAUGGUGUCGGGGCCGAACCUCAACGAGACCAACAUCGUGUCGGGCGGUUACGGCGGCACGGCGGAGGGAAUCAUCCCCACCGGAUCCAUCAAAGGCCCGGCUGUGCGCUACAACCCCGACUUUAACAAACGGAUCCCGGUCACAGGAUUAGGUCCCGGCGUGCGUCGCAGCGCCAGCAGCUCGUCUAUGGCGGCGGAGGAGGCCACCCGAGGCGUGGCAGUGGAGAAGCUGGAGACUGUCAAGAAGUGGGGUCUCAACACUUACAAGUGCACCAAGCAGAUGAUCUCGGAGCGUUUCGGGCGUGGCGCGCGGACCGUGGACCUGGACCUGGAGGCCCAGAUCGAGCUGUUGAGGGACACCAAGCGCAAAUACGAGAGCGUGCUGCGACUGGCCCGAGCGCUCACCAAUCAUUUCUACAACAUGGUGCAGACGCAGCACGCGCUGGGCGACACCUUCGCAGACCUCAGUCAGAAGUCGCCGGAGCUUCGGGACGAGUUUGGCUACAACGCGGAGACCCAGAAGCUGCUGUGCAAGAACGGCGAGACUCUUCUGGGCGCCAUUAACUUCUUUGUGUCCAGCAUCAACACGCUGGUCAACAAGACCAUGGAGGACACGCUCAUGACCAUCAAGAUGUACGAAAACGCCAGGUUGGAAUUCGACGCGUACCGGUCGGACCUGGAGGAGCUGAGCUUGGGGCCCCGGGACGCGGCGGCCGUGGCCCGCAUCGACGCGGCGCAGCGGCAGUACCAAGUCCAGAAGGACAAGUACGAACGACUGCGCUCUGACGUCACCGUCAAACUCAAGUUCCUGGAGGAAAACAAGGUGAAGGUGAUGCACAAGCAGCUGUUGCUCUUCCACAACGCCAUCUCGGCCUACUUCGCCGGCAACCAGCAGCAGCUGGAGCAAACGCUCAAGCAGUUCAACAUCAAGCUCAAGCCGCCCGGCGCCGACAAGCCGUCCUGGCUGGAGGAGCAGUGAGCGCCGCCGGCGCGGUAGAGGACGCCUAAACCCUUCCCCCGCCCGCCCCGCUCAAACCCGACGACGCAAGUAGGCCAGUUUCCCGGAACCUUCUAAUAUUGUGCGUUUUCGUGUUGACCUAGCGGACUGAAUGCUAUCAAAACACUACCCAAUCAAAAUGGAGGAAAUGCCAAGGGGACAUUUUGAAUCAGUGUACAUGGCAAAUUUGUGUCGUUUGUUUGUUUUUAAUUGUUGAAAAUGCAACUUUUUUUAUUAUUAUUAUUAUUUCUAGUCGGGCAUGACUCAGCCAACAUGCACAUUUGUUGACCAAACCACUUUGUCUUGUAAUAUUAUUACAUUCAUUUUAUUUUUUUUUGGUGAUGAUUUGAAGGAUUCACAGCGAACGUUAGCUAUCCAACACAGUGUUUCCCAAUCACCGGGUACAUAUUUGACAUCAGAAAUAUCUCACGCCGCCAAACAAAAAUGUCUACAGUGAACCCGUUCAUCGCGGGGUUCGGGUUAACUGUCGAGCUAGUUGUCACUCCCUGUACACCCGUACACCAGUUGAAAACAAAAAAAAAAAAACAAAAAAAAACAAAAAUAUAUAUAUAUAUAUAAAGAUCAACUUAAAAUUAUAAGCUCUCGUAGCAAUCAAUCGGCAGUCGAAGUCUUUGGAACGCUGCACUCCUCGCUCGUUGACUCCGUGCAAGAGUGAACGUGUCCCCCAAAAUAAUUUUAUACACUGAAAGACACCAGAAAACGGCAAGAUGUAGUUCAUGAACGCGCCUACAAACAGCUCCGAUUUAUAAGAAAAAAUAAUGAGAGAGAUAUUUUAUUUGUGUACGUUGAAAGCUGAAGUGAUGUAUGGAUGAUGAAGGAUCACGCCGCCCGCCAAAACCUCACACCCCCGGAAAUUAAAAAAAGUAAAUUUUCAAA